UCAAAAACAAAAAGUUUUUCAGUAGUGUUCUCAAUGUAUCGAAAGAAAAGUAUCGGUACUUACUUGGUAUCGGAUUGAAAAGCAUCGAGUAAAAAAAUACUUCGCAUCGCAACAAAAGUAUCGAGUAUUUACCUGUACUCGCUGGUAUCGUUUGCUCCCUAGUGUCAUAAUUAGAUCGCUUGGAUUUGUUUAUGGAAAUAUGGGUUUUUCCCAAACGCAUUUAUUGAAUUAUUUAUAAAUUAAUAAUGUAAAAUAACGAAAAUAUUAACCACUGUAAAUCUCGCUAUAAUACAAGCACAGCAAACAAAGUUUAAUAAUCUAAAACACUUAAUUUAUUGACCACUAAGCGCUCCGAGAACAAAGAAAAGUGGCUGAAAUGAAUACUUCACAUUUUGUGCUGUCUGCCUGCUGUGCGUCUUUGGUAUUUUUGGCAUUUUGCAUAGCCGAAUCUGCGAGCGAUGAGCGCUAUUUGCCUCUGCCUGCUGACGAUACGGUCUUGAGCACAAAUAAGCGCUUUCAACAGAUCAUGCAAGGUGGCGGCUCAGCAGAUAUAACGUGGCCGCAGCCACCCAAAUUGAAAACCGACAAGAUCGAUGUAAAGGCUGAAAUAGAAAAAUUGAAUACAACUUAUGUAUAUCAAAGUUCAUGGCCAAGUGCAGAUCUUAAAUUAGGAUCUGUCACCGCAGUUAGUUUUGACAAAGACGGAAAUGUAGUUAUAUUUCAUCGUGUAGAUCGUAUUUGGGAUGAAUAUACGUUCAUCGGAAAUGUUUUUAAACAACGAAAGAAGGGGCCCAUUCGAGACAACACUGUGCUGGCAUUGGAACGUAAAACCGGGGAAGUGGUCUAUGGUUGGGGGAAAAACUUAUUCUACAUGCCUCAUGGAUUGACAAUCGAUCAUGAGGAUAAUGUAUGGCUUACUGAUGUGGCGCUGCAUCAAGUCUUCAAGUUUGGACCACGCGGUACUUCCGAUCGGCCACUAUUGACUUUGGGUACCGCGUUUACGCCCGGCGUUGGUGAUUCGAAAUUUUGCAAGCCUACUUCCGUUGCAGUAUUGGAAAAUGGUGACUUUUUUGUUGGCGAUGGUUAUUGCAAUGCUCGAAUUUUAAAAUAUGAUAAAAAUGGAAAGAAAAUUCUAUCCUGGGGUCAAAACUCAUUCGCUGGCGUUUCCUUUGAAGUAGCACCAAAAAAUUACUUCGCCAUUCCACAUGCACUUACACUUGUGCCUGAGCAGCAAUUGAUUUGCGCAGCUGAUCGUGAAAAUGGGCGUGUGCAGUGUUUCUUUUGGACUAACGGUACAUUCCAUUCGCAAUAUCAUAAUCAAAUUAUUGGCGAUCGUUUAUUCAGCAUGGAUUAUACACCUGCAGAAGGCGGCGAACUUGUAAUUGUUAAUGGACCCACCGCUGAAUUGGGGGUCAAAGUACAGCAUUAUAAUGAAGUUCGUGGCUACGUAAUGAACAUGCGCACUAAGCAAGUGGUAUCGAAAUUCGGUCCCAAUGACAUGCAAUUUUCAAAUCCACACGAUGUUGUCGUAACCAAAGAUGGCAAUGAAAUCUAUGUCGCUGAGUUAGAUCCAAAGCGUAUACAUAAAUUUCUGCAUAAAACUAUUGCCAAAUCGAUGCCGCUGUCAGCAGCUAAAACACUUUCCAGCAGCGGCAGUAACACUUUGAGCCACACCGGUCCGGAGUAUCAGGUGGAUGAAGCUGUUGUAAAAAGAACACAUAAUGCUACUACCACUAUGCAUGAUGCUACGAUGUCCUCGUCGUCAACGAAAUCGCAUCAUCCCGGUGGCACAGCUAUACUUGUAGCAUCUUUAAUGAUACUCUUUGCCACCUUAACGUUCGCAUUGGCAUUUAUUAUUGCACGUCGACGAAAACGAGGUUGUCUGCCGUUCGGUGUGAAGAAUCGUCGUCAUGCUUGGGACUUUCCUUCCAAGCCAGAGGGAUUUAAAUUAGGCGGCCUACUGUUGGAUCGCGGUAAGCGUGGAGGUUUUGAGAAGCUCGAUCAAAAUGCUAGUGAUGAGGAUAAUGAAGCAACUACAAAUAUGCUGGCGAGUGUUCCAUUUGCCUAAGUAGAGUAAGAAAUGAGCUUAAUCCCAAAGUAAGCUUUAAAAUAAUUAGAAAUAAACAACACUGACGGCUCAUGAGACCGUACAUGGGCCUCUAAUUAUUUAAGUAUCUUUUGAGUCAAUAAUAUUUGGCUUAAAGUCGUUUAAAUAAUGUAAUUACCGAAAAUUUCUUCCAAAGUCCACAAAUAAUGUUGAAGCUAAAUUCGAUUAAAAAAAAAAACUUCUAGUGGGUUGUGUGACGUCUCCAAGGAGCCAAAUAGAGUGAAACAGCAGAGAAAAAAAAGGAAACCCCAAAAGAUAGGGUAAGAUAAUAGAGGCUCACGAGCAUUGUGAAAAAUUAGUAAUUAGUAUAUAAUGCUCAUGGACUUGCAUUUUUUAGAAAAUUUCGCACUUUAAAUUAGCAUUCAAUAGGAAACAUUUAUGUGGUGUAAACAUUUAGCUCUCGGUAUGGGUAACAUUUGCGAGAAUCUAGCAGAAAAUCUGUAAUUGCUUAUUGUGUGUACAAAUGAAAAUUUCUUGACUAACUUAGGGAGGUUUCAGGAUAGUUGACCAUUCUGGAACAAGCUCUAUGUAUACCAGCUCGAGAUUAGGUCAUGACUAUUUCAGGAACAUUUAGGCCCUAGUACGGUAUGAUUUUGGGACUAGUUCAGGAUUCUGGGACAAUUUUUUAACUAGUUCGAAAUCAUUAACCGACUUCCAAAAAAGGAGGAGGUUAUCAGUUCGUCGGAACUUUUUUUUUAUACAUGUUACCGUUAUGUCAGGUGGUCUGGCUUAGAUCCCAUCAUUGGAUCAUGAAAUAUAUAUAUAUAUAUAAAUAUUUUUUUUUAAGUCGAUUUUUUUUGCUAAAAAUUACUUGUUUUAUAACUAAUAAGGGACCAUUUCGGGACCGUUUCAAGACUUAAUCGUGAUCAUUUCGGAAAAUGUACACGACUAUUUCGACCGUUUCGGGAAUUAGUUCUGGACCAUUUCGGGUUUAGUUCACAACUAAUUCUGGACCAUUUCGGGGCUAGUUCACGACAAUUCUGGACUAGAUCAGAACUAUUUCGGUACUAUUUUAAGAACAUUUCGGGAAAGUACUACGACUAGUCAAUAAGUGAGUGUGAAUAAUUCCUUCCGCAAACAAACAGUUGUAGAAGGAUGAGCGACCGAAAACUAUUCACAGUCGAUUAUGAACGAGAAAUCGACAUUCACAAUACCAUGGAAAAGCGAUUAUCGAAUAAUAGUCGUUAGUCUACUACUAAUCGACACUCGCAAUAGGGGUGUCAGUUUUUUGUUCCCAACCCGCUUAUUCCGACGAUUUCAGAAAAAUACCAUGUGUCCCGUUAUCUAGUUAUUACUAUGUAAAAAUCAUAUAGCAAUCGAAUUUAUUACUUUCGUCACACUGAAAGUCUUUAUAAAAUAUAAAAAGGUUGUUUUUUCAAACAACGUUUUUAAAGAAGAUUUUCGCAAGUUGCAGGUUUCAUCGGGAGUGUUAGGAAUGGAUUUUUGAACACCUUCCCGAUACCGGCCGUCCCGGUAAAGUUACAAAGUCGCGUUUUUUUAUUGAGCUGAACUCAUUCUCGAUAUAAAUUUCUACAUAGCACCACGCUGUAACUGCCAAA